CAACUUUGACGCCAUGGGAGUUGUCGAACAAGCAGUGGAUGCCGCUGCAAGCUUUGUGGGCCCCUUUGUAGACGCGGGUGCAAAGCAUGCUGCUCAACCCAGUGGUGAAGGAGACCUCGACAACGCCAGGCUGGUGCGAGAAGCCAUAGAACACCUGCAGGCUAUCAACACCGCAGAUCUGGCUGCAGACCCGGACGCUCCCUACGAUGCAUCUCUUGCCGGUGUUGUGUAUGGGCUGUUAGAUCUCACUGCAUCACUUGGCAUUCUUCCAUAUCUAUCUUCCGGUGUUGCAUUCAGCCAACGCCCACGAUCUGUUCUAAUAGCAACUUUCACUGUCUCCCCGCGUCAACACAAAGAGCUGUUGUCGGAAACUGUUCCUCCGCUGCUUUCCAUCUUAGCACAAAAAGAGGGCACGGGUCUACAGCCUCUCCUUGCUCAACGGUCUCUACCUGACAUCAUCUCUGCGCUCGCAGAACUUGCAUUCUCGCCUCAGCAUACUCAACAAGUCCAUUCCACAUUUGAGCCCGCUUAUAACGAUCUGCUCACUCGGACUCCUACGUCUCGCCUGCUACCAAUACUUACCACGUUCCUCCAGCAGCCGCUCCCAGCAUGGUUGAAGCCUCGGAUGGGAAAAGAGCUUGCCACAGUGCCCAUCCGUGCUCAUGGAGUCCGGCAUGUCAUCGAGUUCCUCUCACUCUCCUAUCUGUCCAAGAACUCGCAGGUCCCACGAGACGCAUCUGGGCCACAGUCGCGGAUUCCAAUCCCUUUAGAAGCCGUAACACAAGCAUCAAAAUUGUUGACAUCACCUCCAAGCGGGAUAAGUCAAGACGCUUGGAUUCAGAAAUUGGAACCCCAGCUGUGGAGUCUGCUAGAUGGGAACGAAGUUAGAGAAUUGAGCAGAGCCGCAGGGCAGAUUAUUGCAGGAGGUAUUCUCAGCAAGAGAACUACAGGUGCGCCUGGCACGACAGGAUGGAAAAUAUUUGCUCAGCCGAUCCUGGAAACUGUCUAUCCCAAAGACACUGCAACAGCAGUGCUACGAAACAGCACCAAAGAUCGAGUCCUUGUACAAGAUCAAGACCUGCUCCUUGCUCUGCAACGACUAGCUGUCAUUACGACAUCGUAUUCACAUGCAGGACUCAUCAAAAGACUCACCGGACCCAUACUCCUUCCCCUUUGGGCUCUGCUCAACUAUGCUCGGUCGAAGCGGUCGCUCGACAAAUUAUGGAUCGAUCUACCGCGCAACAUUAUCGCAAGAUACAUUACUAUCGCUUGCGAUCCGAAGCAAGUAGAUACUAUUGCGACCAACCUAUUCUGGGAUGGGCCCUCUGACUGGACUUUUGGUCCAGGCACCAAAGGUGGCAUUGAGACUCGAAUGCGACGGAACGAAGGCCCUAGUGGUGUUCAAGGGAUGGAAUCCAUCCUCUCACGUAUCAAUGACCUUACCGGACGGAUUGACCUCCUUGUCUCUCUGCUUGCAGAUGCUAAGGUUUCGGACGACGUCGUAGGCCUCAUCUUCCUUCAAGUCACAAAGCGUUGGCUUAGUCCCAAUCGGAAUUCGAAAGCGACACUGCUCCUUGAAUCUGAUGAUGAUCCACUCACGGCAUUGACAGAUGCAAAGCUCUCGGAAGCAUUAGCUUCCAGGUUCAGAGACAGUUUCGCAAGAUCACCACAACACAUCAUCGAACUUAUGGGUCAGCUGCUUCAGAAUUAUGUUGCUAAUCACCAAGCAAGAUCAGAACGACAGGUAAAGUCACAGAAACCAAGCAGGGCAAACUUAGGGAGCAUAGUGGCGCUCAAAUCAGCGACUGGGAACAAAAGUAAUGAAGGCGAUACAUCAGAAGAUGAUCUUGUCGCCUUCGCUAUCAGCAUCCUCAACACAGUGGUAGCGACACCCAAAUUCAAACGAACACCCGCAAAUCAGGCUCUACUUUCGCAAAUUACUGGGCACUUGCAGUACCUGAUACACGUUCAGGACCAGGCCCCCUUCUCGCAAGUCAUCGCCAACUCCGCGCGUAGCCUCCUGCAAGUUCUCAGCCCUUCACCACUUAUCUCAGACCCGACCAAAGUUAAUGUCGAUCCUCUCGCCUCCCAUCGAACCACACUCCAAGCAGCACUCCAGGACCUCACCUCUCCUGAGGCCCCAAAUCGCACAUGGUCACUUUCAACCCUUCACACACUGAUCAGAGAGCCCUCCUCUUUUCCAGUCAUCGACGUCCCGAGAACAACCCACCUCAUCCUUUCCGCCUCUCUCGCAGACCCAGAAUCCUACGUUCAUAGCGCCGCGAUCCCCGUCCUGGUCACUCUCGCUCUCCGCGCACCACACCCAACCAACAAUGUCCUCGUGGAUGCAUUUCUCGAUGUGGAUGAACGCAGUCUCAAGCCCUCGAAGGGUCGAAUGACAGACGAGAAAGAGCGGGAAUUACAAGAAGCGCUAGACUACCGCCUGCGCGUUGGCGAGGUCCUCAACAACGUUGUCCUUGCCGACGACUUCUGGCACGACAAGAGUAACACAGGAGUGGCGUACACUAGCAUCAAGCACAUUACCUCAGCUUGUCUAUUCUUGGCUUCGCGGCGCGGUCAACGCCACAAAACGCAGUCUUACCGCCAAGCUGUAUCGCUGCAAAUCGCGCAGCAGCAGGACGAAGCAGAAGCCGCGUGGGGCGGUCCGAUACCCAACGUCUUCGAGCCCGAUGGCGAGGCUUCGGCCGCCGAUAAAGCAGACUACGAGGCACUGAGUAAAAUUGUCAAAGGGUGGGAAGACACAGGUAUCGAAGAGGAUGUGAGGAUUCGUGCGAGCGCGAUGAGUAUCUUUGGCACGGUGCUGGAGAAGCGAUUAGGUUUUGUUGGGCAGGCAACGGUGGACGCGGGGCUGCAGACUGCACUGCUGGUACUGACGAUGGAGACGGCUGAGGCGUUCUUCAUGCUGAGACGAGCGGCAGUGUUAGUUGUUAUGGGGCUUCUGAGAGCGCUGGACGAGGCGUUAGAUGCUGGUGAAAAUAGUAGUGUGGGUUUGGGCAUGAAGCAACAGCAUGAGGUGGAGAGGGUGCUCAGAUGGGUGAGGGAUGAGGAUGGGGAUGAGCUUGUAAGGGACCAUGCGGCGAGUGUGGUGGACGGGCUGGAGACAUUGCGGAUGAAGACGCUGUACAGGGUCAGAGAUGAGGGCAUGAAGCUGGGACCGGAUCUGGGGCUUGAGGGUGGGCUGAGGGGCCUCAAUGUCAGGCCUGAUAUAGAUGAUGGACAGGGGAAACGGAGGAUGGUUGUGGAAGAGAUCGAAUAGCACAGCGCUACCUCUAUAUAGCUCGAAUCAAUGUCAAUGUCCUUCGAAGCUCGUCCUCCACCUGCGCCGUGUGCGCAUGUUGUGUGGUAUCAGGUAGUCGUCUUGUGCCAAACCACGCAGUCGCGCCGUCAAGCGCAGAAGUCUGCGUUUCGUGCCUCUCUUCUCAUUCGUAGUGCCAUUCGUCUGAUCCUUUUGAUAUCAUGUUUUCAACCCAGGAUGCCAGGCUCAACCGCUCAUCGCCGUAUCCUUGCUCUCCUUCGCCUCGAC